AUGACUCUGCCAACGCUGCACGAGGAAUAUGAAGGGCCCUCGCCCAGCAGCGGACCGCAGAGUAAGCUGCUCGAGGAUUGGUUGCCACUCGGUGCUGUGCAGCAACGGAAUCGCUUGCAAGACAUUAUCAGCCGAAAACCCUACCAUGCAGUCGCAUUGCUCGGAUCGGGCAGUAUACUUGCACUCAUAUGGCUCAGAGCGCUCCUGAUGACGUCCAACGACUCGUCCAGCGUCAUGCUGGGCGCUCACGAAGUACCUAUCCAGAUGGAUGGGCUGCUCAUCCAAGACGAUAGCGCCAUGUUCAAUCCUUACCGCUUCACGCCGGAUGAAGCCUACGAAGACUCAAAGGACAUCGUCAUCGAUCCCUUCAAAUGUCGGGCGCUGCCCAAAUACACCAGCCACUUGACAGCUUGCGCCAAUUCGGGACUCGAUCUGACCGAAAGGGAGGUCGCCUAUCGCGGCAAGCAGUACAAGACUCGCACACUUGCUGCUAUACCGGGCGUGCAGCUCGCGAACGAUUCGCUCGAUGAGUCCAGACUGGCUCGCGUCGCGCUCAAAGAUCCUUAUGCUUCACGAGAUCUACCUGACGAGAAGAUAUCUGAAAUACUCUACGAUCUCUCGACCGAUCGACAUCUCACCGAUACGCAAUGUGCUGCCAUCUUCCCCGGUCUCUUUGAGGAACUGGACCGAGCUGCGAGCUACUGGCGCGAGCGAGGCGGCAUUCAUAUGCGCGAUCUGGACAAAGGCAUGCCACAAGCCAAUGUUCACGUCAUCAUCAAGCGCAAUAGGCUGUAUCUCAAGGAGCCAUACCGUAUCGGUCCUAAUUCUCGUACACGGGCGACCCUCGCCGCGAUCAACGACGCCAUCGUCACUGCCGUCGAGCCAAUUCCCGAUGUUGAAUUCAUCUUGACCGUAGAAGAUAUGGUUCUCGACAAGGGCACGGUCGAUCAGAGUGCCAUGCUCGCUCUCGGGCGCAAGAAGUCUCAGCCUAAUCUCUGGUUGAUGCCUGACUAUGGCUUUUAUGCAUGGCCUGAGCCUGCCAUUGGCGCCUUCCUCGACGUACAAGAUCAAACUUUGGCAUUCGAAUCACGACAAACCUGGCAAGACAAGUUUGGCAAGCUUUUCUGGCGCGGCGCAUUGCUCAAUCAGCUCCGAACAGACAUGGCCCUCGAUAUGACGGAUUACGACUGGGCAGCGAUCCAGGCGAUUGACUGGAAGCAUCCCGACAAUGUGCUCUCGCCUGCUGAGCACUGCAAGUACAAAUAUCUGCUACACGUAGAAGGCAUCGCGUACUCCGGAAGACUCAAAUACCUGCUGCAAUGCCGAAGCGUGACUGUCAUACACGACCUCGAACAUUCCAACACAAGCUCGCCCGAUCAGAACAUCAUUAUGACGCCUGCACCAAAAUUCGACCACCUGCCCGCGGUCAUGUCUCGUCUCGUUGCGAACGACGCGUAUGCCGAACGAAUCGCGAAUCAGAGCUUCGCGUACUGGCGCAAGAUGCUCAGUCCGGCCAGCACAGAUUGCUAUUGUGCGUUAUGGAGGACCUAUGCCGAUGUGCAGUCGUUCAAGCCAGAACUCACUGCUGCAUCGGUGCCCUAUGCUUCUUUCAAGCUCACUGGCACGCUCAAAUGGAACCCCAACUGA